ACUGUCAUUUUCGUGUUGCGCGAAGUCGAGAGAGGAAGAAAAUCAAGACACAGUGGCGAUUCAGUCGAAAACAUUUUCCUGCGAUAUUUUCCAAUUUUGUCGCCAGAAAACUUUGUAAAACUAUCGUUCGAGGCGUUGGUUCGGUGCCCUGGAAUCACAAGAGUUAAGUUUAGUGCUUUGGUGCAUGAAUGUUCAACGCCGUUUGGUAGAAAACCCAAAAGUUUUACAACCUUGAUUCGUGACAAAAAGGGAACAACUCCAGAGAAUUUCGAGUGAUGGCAGGAGCACCAGCAAAAUCUGACAUCGAUGCAAUUUUCAACAGAUUACGCUCGAUACCAACUAAUAAGAGUUGUUUCGAUUGUGGAGCGAAGAAUCCCACCUGGUCAUCGGUGACGUAUGGGGUUUUUAUUUGCAUCGAUUGCUCGGCAGUGCAUCGGAGUUUGGGAGUGCACUUGACCUUCGUGCGGUCCACCAAUCUGGACACCAACUGGACAUGGAUGCAGAUUCGCCAGAUGCAAGUCGGAGGCAAUGCCAAAGCGGCUCAGUUCUUCCGGCAGCAUAACUGCAACACAACCGAUGCCCAGCAAAAGUACAAUUCACGGGCUGCGCAGCUGUAUAAGGACAAGUUGACUCAUUUGGCGAAACAGUCGCUGCAGCUUCACGGGACGACGCUCCACAUUGAUCAUCCGCACGAACAUCACGCCGAAAGCCACAAGCAGGAAGAGGUCGACUUUUUCGCCGAUUGUGCUAACUUUGAAGCCACUACGGACAGCCACAACAACAACCAACAGGAAGCUCUCCAGGACGACAUUCCAAAACUUGCCUCUUUGAGCAACACAGCAUCCGACAGUGCUGGGAAUUUGCAGGGUCCGAGCGUUGAUUUUCUGAAUUCUACGGUUCCUGUGGAGCCUCCAAAGUCGACAAUUGGAGUAAGGAAAAUUCAGCCUAAAAAGGCAGGCCUGGGUGGAAAGAAAGGUGGUCUUGGGGCGACACGUGUGAAGACAAACUUUGCCGAAAUCGAAGAGAAAGCCAAUCUAGCCGAUAAGCUCAAGAUGACCCCAGCGGUGCAAGAGAAGCCGGUCAGUGAAGAGGAACAGGCUCAGGCUCUUGCAAGCGUUCGCCUGGCAUACCAGGACCUAUCUAUCAAACAGCAUAAAGAAGAAGAGAAGCUUAAAGCAACCGACCCGAAUAAGGCCAAACAGAUAGAGCGACUCGGUAUGGGAAUUGGUUCCCGUAGCGGAGUGUCACAUUCCGCCAUUUCGGACAUGAAGACACUCACCCAGGAUUCGAGUAGCAAGAGUGGAUCCUCGCUGUCAAAGGCCUUCGAGUCCAACAAUGAUUUUUUCGAUGACUACGGCACGUCCAUGUAUGGCAGUGGCAGUGGCAGCAGUAGCAACGGCAACAAAAAUUCAACGUCCAUGAAGGACUACAGUGACGCUACGUUGAUGGGCUUCGAAACCAUUGAACCGUUUGACACCAAGCAUAGCAUUCAGACGAUGUUCUCGCCGGCAUCCAGUGCGAAAAAUACGAGCAUUAGUGAUCAACCCACGUACAGCAGGAACACUAACAAGAAGCCGGCGUCAAGCGCCGCUAGCAACGACUACGAAUCAACCGAUGUGGCACAGAAGAAAUUCGGCACAGCAAAGGGCAUUUCGUCGCAGCAGUUUUUCGGCGAUGAAUCUUCGUCGUACGAACGAUCAGCAAAUUUGGCCAAAUUCCAGGGUUCCAACAGUAUUUCCUCGGCGGAUUAUUUCGGUCAUGGUAGCCCCAGUGGAAGUGGAGGUCGAGGGCCGAACUUGCAGUACAACGGACCAGAUUUGGAUGACGUCAAAGAAAGCGUUCGACAGGGUGUGACCAGGGUUGCUGGACGGUUAAGCACAUUAGCGAACGAUAUGAUGUCAUCGAUUCAGGACAAAUAUGGCUAUUAAAAUAAAGUGUAAAGCUAUGUAUUUUUAAUUUGCCAAGACUACUUUUCCAUAGUUUAUUGUCACUUGAAGAGGGGUAUAUUUUAAAUCUGUUACUUUUAUUCGCAUUGUGCUAUUGAAUGAUUUAGUUCAAACAUACAUUUAGAUAUACGAGAAUCCGUUUCCUUCCGUUUUACUGUUCAAACUGCGUCCCCAAUCCCUUCUGCAACUUUAAGUGAUGUCAGUUAUACAUAAUAUAGAUUCUAUUAUAAUGCUGAUUUUGUACAGGUUACAUAAGAAACGUUAUUAUAUAAAUGUGAAGCUCAUUUUUGUGAAGACAUUACUCUGAUAUUUGUAAGAGUCCGUGAGUAAUGCUUGGACAAGUGUACCAUAGGAAGCCUUCUACCUAUUGACAAGAUUCUCCUAGGAAAUACCUGACCGACAGCAAAUCCACAAUCAUGCAGCGGAAGAAGUUGAAAAUGUUCAUUCGACAGAUUAUUCUAGUAAAAUUUUCCCGAAGAGUAAUAAAAAAACGAUUCCUAAAAAAUAUAGAGCAAAUGUAAAUUGCUAAUGGCAGUGUAACUAGACACUUGUUAAAUAAACGUAAAAUAGUGAUGAAAACGAAAACAGCUACUGGAUAACAUUUUCCAAUAUAUCUAAAGUCGGUGAGAUCGAGACCUACAUAUACAGAAGGCCGAAAAACAAGGUGACCUACAUAUUAGCCUUCCAUAGGCCAGGGGAAGUGGUUCACCUAGAGUGAAUUUCUGUCAGAGAAAAAGUAGAUUUUGUAUGAGAUUUGACAGAAAAAUGAAUGACAAGUUCAUCCACUUCUCCUGGCCUAUUGAGAUCGCAAACACGGAGUCGAACACAAUAAGAUCGAAAAGCACAAAAGACCGAAUGAUACGCAUAUUCCAAGGUAAUAAUUUUUUUAUGCUUCAUACAUG